ACACUUCAAACACUUCAAUCAAAUAUCUUUAAGAAAAAAAUUGUUAAAAUGAUCAAGAGCACGAUCAUGCGCUGCAUGAUCUUCAUCGCGUUCUUCUUCAUCUUUCCGGCUAUUAGUAGCCCGAUCCCUAAAACCACCACUCUCGCCAAUCCAGCUCUGUCAAUCCCCCGCGCGCCGGAGAUCUUCGUCCGCGACAACUACGACGGACAAUGGGUCCCUGACGUCGGGGUACCUGGUGCAAACCCACCAGCGACAGUGCAACCACCUCCUCCACCGCCCGCUUCCACACAGCCUGGCGGACUCCCCGCCAACGACAUUAGAAAUACAUCCAAGAUGUGGAUCCUGUAUGUCGUGAUUGGGGCAGUUGUUGGGCUUCUUUUCAUCGGCAUGCUUGUGAUGUUUGCUAGGGCACUGCUCCGUUGGCGCAAGACCGGAGAGCGCCCGAGCCUCUUGAAUUUCGGGUGCCUCCCGCAGCGCGACCCGUGUUCAAAGCACCAACAGUGGUGUGAUGGCAGGCAAGCAUGAAACUUCCCAGGAACUGUAGU